AAAGGUGAGACUUCCAUAACUAUUUUCAUGGUUGAGCGGUCAAGAUUAUAUUUGAUUAACUGCAAGUAAACAACAGAAUUCAUUACGAUCAGUCUUAGGCGAAGAUUUUCCUGUUACCGCGCGUUCUCGAAACGAGUGUGCACUGGGCUGUGUAUUAUAUGAAACGUUGCAAAAACAAAGAUGGAAGAAAGUGGCGUAGCCUUAGUCAGCACGGAGUGGAGUUGUAUUUGUUGAUGUGGUUAUACGUGUGUAUGCAUACCUGGAAGCGUUGAAAAAAUAUACAUUGUGUUGUGUUUUGUGAAACAAGUAUAAUGCAACAAAUCGAUACAACUGCAUCGCACGGCAGCUACCGCUAAAACCAUGGACUUCGGCUGUGUGAGUCGUGCGGCUGUUUUGGUGAUUGUGCGUCUGUGUGAGUUGUACUGGCGGGUGGAAUAAUUUUUCUGCCGUAGGAUUUUGCAAACAUAAUCAUGAUACUGUAAAUAUGGAAAACAAAAUAAUAAGACAGCGGUCUCAAUGUGCUUCAGAAUUGUAUUUUCUAAUUACGAAGUUCUUGGAUGCUAGCCCUUGUCAUCAGACAGCAGCGGUGUUAAAACAAGAACUUCAGCGUCUGAAGAUACUGCCGAGGCGACUCGAUUGGCAAGGAAAUGAACAUGAACAAACUUUUGGUGAACUGGAGCGGAAGUAUCCACACAUUGGGCCAAAUCAUCUACUCGAAGUGUGCAGAAGACUCGGCCCAUUGUUGGACCAGGAACUUAAGCCAAGUUUACCAGGACUAACAUCCCUGCUUGGCGCAGGACGACAGUCUUUACUUAGAACUCAAAAAGAUCACUGUGCUCACAAUUUAUCUAUUGUUGAUUACGCAGUUAGGAUAAGAGGAUGCCCUCUGAUUGAUCCUGCUGGUGUGAACAGGCAGCAUAACUUAGUUAAGGUGCUCCAGGGUCGUGAACUCUCAGGUCCUCUGAAACGCCACCAGGCUGUCUCAUCCAAGUUGUAUAGCAAGCUGCAGCUUUAUUGCCGGACUUUAGGUCAUCUUUCAGCUGUAUAUUGCCUUCUUUUUGAUCGAACUGGAAGAUAUGUUAUUACGGGUGCUGAUGACCUUUUGGUGAAAAUAUGGAGUGCCAUAGAUGGACGUUUGUUGGCAACAUUGAGAGGGGCAUCAUCAGAAAUAACAGACAUAGCUGUAAAUGUAGAAAACACACUUUUGGCAGCUGGGAGCUUGGAUAAGAUACUGAGAAUAUGGAGUCUUCAAACAUCUGCCCCCGUGGCAGUAUUGACGGGGCAUACAGGAAUGAUUACAUCAGUCCAUUUCAGUCCUAUGAUAAAGUACGAUAUGCGUUAUGUAGUUACAACAAGUACUGAUGGAUCAGUUGCAUUUUGGAUUUAUCACCGCCUUAGCAGGAGAAAAUAUAAUUUUAUCCCGAAGCCAAUUGUUUACAAUGAACGAAUGAGACCAGGACAGGCACAAAUGAUCUGUGCUGCUUUUAGUCCAGGAGGUUUGUUCCUGGCUGCAGGAAGUGCAGACCACCACGUCAGAAUUUAUUUAAUGACUGCGGGUGCAGAAGAUGGACCAACAAGAAUAUUGGAAGUAGAAGGGCACUCAGAUCGUGUAGAUAGUAUACAAUGGGCUAACACAGGUCUGCGAUUCAUAACUGGAAGUAAGGAUGGAACUGCACAGGUAUGGCAGUUCAAAUGUCAAGAGUGGCGUCCUCUGCAGCUUACCAUGAGCACAAAGCUGCCUGGAUCUUCUGAUACCACUGAUGAUCCAAAGGUGAAACUGAGGGUUUCAAUGGUUUGCUGGAAUCGAAGUGAUCAGUUUGUAAUUACAGCUGUCAGUGACUAUAGUAUUAAAGUAUGGAAUUCAUCAACAGGUGCUCUAGUGCAGGUUCUAAGAGGGCAUAAGGAUGAGGUAUUUGUGUUGGAAGCUCAUCCAUUUGAAGCUAACAUAUUGCUAAGUGCGGGACAUGACGGGCAGCUUAUUAUUUGGGAUAUAAUAGCUGGGACACAAGUGAUAUCAUUCCAGAAUUCCAUCGAAGGUCAAGGGCACGGAGCUCUGUUUGAUGCAAAGUGGUCACCAGAUGGAACAAUGUUGGCCGCUUCAGAUUCUCACGGCCACCUUCUCGUGUAUGGGUUUGGACGUGGCAGUGACAGAUUUCAUAAGUUGCCAAAGGAAAUGUUUUUCCACACAGAUUAUCGGCCUCUUAUUAGAGAUGAUAAUCAUCAUGUGUUAGAUGAGCAAACUCAGAUAGCACCACAUUUGAUGCCACCUCCGUUCCUUGUAGAUAUUGAUGGAAACCCUUAUCCACCUUUUCUGCAGCGUCUUGUACCUGGUCGAGAGAACUGUCAAGGAGAACAACUCAUUCCAAAUGUUGCCUGGCUUGCUGGAGGACAUCAAGAAGUUAUUGAAGGUCUUCCAACCAGUGAACCACGUUCAAAUAUAGACCAAAUGAUUGCUGCUCUUGCAAAUCGUCAAUUGGGUUCUGAUGGUUCUGCAGCAGCAGAAGCUGGUGAACAAUCAAGGCCAAAUUUAGCACCUAGAGCAGGACCAAGAUUUGGAUUUCGUCGGAAUGGAGAUGUGGAAGGCGUUAGACAGUCUAGUGGUAACUGGCAGCGAGACACAGAUUUUUGUUGGAACCGAGGCACUCUUAUUAAGCCUUUUGAUUCCGAUGUGCUGCAGGAUUUGUGGCAUAAACAAACUGCGAACUAUAAUUCAGAAAUGGAGCAAUACCGAAUUGAGCAGUGCAGGCGUCCCCCAGAACCCCCACCUCAGCCACCAUCAACUGUAGUUGGGAAGAGACGACGUGGUGUUCGCAAUCAGCAUCAGCACAAUUACAGAACUAGAGCUGCUCAGGAGCAAAAUGUCAAUGCAGAAUCUGAGAAUCCAGAAAACAAUGAUGUUACUGCAAGCUUGUCAUCAGCAACUGAUCACAAUAAUGAUGACUCGACUGCUCGUGAGGAAGAUUUGGCUUCCAUGAGUUCGAGUUCUGACACAGAAAGUUCUGAAUACUCCGAUUGGGUGGCAGAUGCUGGUGUGAACCUGGAGCCACCUAAAAGAAGUCCUGUGAGAAGAAGAGCCCAAGCUGCUCAGACUAAUCAUAGGCCUAUAAGACAGAGGAAAAAGGUAUUUCCAGCUGUCAACAAUUUGUCAGAGGUUCCUGAAGCUUUCCGUCCAACUGAAUGGCUUUCAGAAAUUAUACCAAGAAAAGCUCCUUAUUAUCCUCAGAUGGGUGAUGAAGUGGUUUAUUUUCGCCAAGGCCAUCAACUGUAUCUAAAUGCCGUGAGAAACAAGAAACUGUAUGAUUUGGGCAAUAGGUGUGAGCCAUGGGCUAAACAAACAAUAAGAGCACACGAGCUAGUGAAAGUAAUCGGUAUUAAAUAUGAAAUCCGACCACCUCGGCUGUGCUGUUUAAAACUUGGCCUGAUGAAUCCUGAUGGGCGCCUAACUGGAGAAAACUUCACUAUAAAAUAUCAUGAUAUGCCAGAUGUUCUAGAUUUUUUAGUUCUCAAGCAGACAUAUGAUACGGCAGUUGCACGUAAUUGGAGAGUUGGUGAUCGUUUCCGUUGCAUGAUUGAUGACAGUUGGUGGAUGGGUGUCAUAGAAUCACAGAGUCCACUGGAACAAGAAUUUCCUGAUUCACAUUUUAUGUGCUACAAAGUAAGAUGGGACAAUGGAGAAUAUGAACACAUGAGCCCUUGGGAUCUGGAGCCAAUUAAUGAGGAUCGUCUCCCACGAAUCACUGGUGGUGCUGUACCUGUAUUACCACAGGAAAUUCAAGCAACACUUUAUCAGCCUCAGCCUGAAGAAUGGCCUAUGGGUGACAGGGAUGCUGCAUGUAGACGUAUCCUUGCUGGUCUAGAUCAAGUAAUGAGUCUCUCUAUUGCAGAACCCUUCAUUGCCCCAGUGGAUCUCAACCAGUAUCCCUCAUAUGCAUAUGUUGUGGAAUAUCCAAUUGACUUAUCAACGAUCAAGGGAAGAUUUGAAAAUCGGUUUUAUCGUCGCGUUACAUCGGCACAGUUUGAUGUUAGGUAUAUAGCUACAAAUGCUGAAAAGUUUAAUGAGCCAGGAAGUCAGAUUGUUAAAAAAGCUCGUAUUGUUACUGAUUUGUGUCUGAGAGUUAUCAAAGAUCGAAACUUCAUCAAUGUACCAGCACUUUAUCAUCAACUGCUGGAUGCAUAUCAAUCAUCAGAUUCUGAAUAUGAGGUGGAUCUGAAUGAACCAGGUCCAAGUAAUGGCCGCAGAAGGUCAAAUCGCUUAACAUUAAAAAGAAAUUUGGCUAUGUUAAGAAGCAGUAAACAAAAAGAUUGGCAGGGAGAGUGUCGUCAGCUGCUUGAAAUGUUGUGGCAGUGUGGGGACUCAGCGCCUUUCAGGGAACCUGUGGAUGCUUUGGAGCAUCCAGAUUAUUAUCAAGUCAUUGAUACACCUAUGGAUCUAAGAACUGUGAAAGAGGAUCUUUUGGGUGGAAACUACCAAAGUCCUCUUGAAUUUGCCAAAGAUGUGAGACUCAUUUUCUCUAAUUCCAAGAAUUACAACACUAAUAAUAAAUCAAGGAUAUACUGCAUGACUGUUCGUUUAUCAGCAAUGUUUGAAGUACAUAUGGAAACAAUAAUAUUAAACUGGAAGUCAGCAAGACGGCGUGAAUUGUCAGAGAAAAGAGAAACUUUGGAAAUAAAACCACUCAGACCUGUUACAGGUGUGACAACACGUAGAGCGACAAACUGUUUGAAAGCUGUGAAUGGGGCUGGCACCUCAAGGGAGCUAAACAAUGACAGUGAAGAUAGUGAUACAGGGAGUGAAGUGGAAGAAAAAGUUAAAAAGCCAAUAACAAGAAAAGCAGCUGCCCAUAAAAAGCCUCAAGGCGGAGAGGCUGUUACAAAUGGACAUAUACGCAGUAAAUCUUCAUCUCAUCCUGCAAUACGUUUGAAAAUAAAUUUCCAGAAUGUUAAAACUGGAAGUGAAUCAGAUAGUGAGAGCAGAAGCAGAAGCAAGAGCAAUAGUAGUAGCGGUAGUGGUAAUGACAGCAGCAGUAGCAGUAGCAGUAAUGGCAGCACCAACAGUACUGCUAGUAGCUCUAGCAGCAGUGACAGCACUAAUAAAAGUAACACUGCUAGCACAAGUACUGCUAGUAGUAAGAAGAAGAAAACAAAAAAUGAUAGGAAAAAUAACAACAUUAACAGAAGUAGUAGCAGCACUAGUAGCCAGUCAUCUAGGAAACUUGCAAGUCUCCGUAUUACUAAAACAAGAAUUCAGACAAGAGGGAAGAAGAGAAUGCAUCCUACAGAUUCUGAUGAUGAUUAUCGUGUUGUAGCUGCAACAACAAGUGUUAGAUCAGUACGUACACGUAACCGGGGGCGCCAGAGAGUACACUACCAGGACCAGUUGAGUGAUCGUGGACAAGGUGGUGACAGUGACAGUGAAAGUGCUAGUGUACCGAUCAGGACUGCACGGAAAGUGUCCAGACGUUCCCAGCACUACCGAGAAGAAACUGAUGACAGUGAUGACCGCGUCGAGCCCCGGAGAUCGACGCGACCUCACAAGCGGCGUUAUCUUAAUGAUGCUGCUAAAAGUGAUGGAGGAAGCAGUGAAGGUACAGACGGAGUGCGGAACUUGCGACCCUCAUUGCGAACUCCAGCUGUGCGACGCCCGAGGCGGCGAGCCGUCUCUUCUGCACAUUAUGCUGAAGACAGUGGUGCAGAGAGCUCAGAUCACACACCUGCUGUUAGUGUCAGUAGCAGAGGACGAGUUCGUAAGCUGACUCCUAGAGCACGGGCUCUUUUUGCCAAAUAGCAGUGGGUGCACACCGGCGCCGGCGUGAGUUCCCGUGGACGCUUGCGGAGAUUAACUGUUAAGGCGCAAGCGCUGUUGGGUGAAUAGCAUUAGCUCUCGUCCUGUGUGUCUGGUGUGCUAUGUUUGCAUGAAAACUGCAUCCUGGAUGGUUGUGGGUAUUAUGACAUAUGCUACAGCUGUCUUGGAUGGCAAGUUGGGAUUACUUGUCACUGGUGUUGAUACCUGUCCGAUAUGAUAGGUCUGUUACAGUAUAGUCACUGUCUGUUUUCAUAUUGUUUGCACAUAUUUAAUGUUACCCUUUUUCUAGUGCAAACAUAUAUUUGGUACUGUGUACCACCAUUUGCACACUGUGUACAUAUUAUUGCUUGUAUUGGUGGAUCUCAUAUAACAUUAAGAGAUAGAUAACAUGGCGUUGAAUACUGUUAGCACACUGCAGUGUGUGAAACUGGAUUUUGCACACACUAUUAUUUAUGUAAAGUAAAAUGGAUCUAUUCACAGCCAGUUAGUGGUUAUGAGGAAACUUGUACUGGAGUUUUAAAAGAACAAAGAGCUGGCACUGCAAUGUGUCCCUUCAGAAGCCAUGCAGCAUGUGUUAAAUGGGGUUUCAACGAUAGAAUUCAGUCCUAAUACAGUACACAUUCUGUAUUAAAAACUGAAAGUUGUUUCCAAAUGCAUUAAAUUUCCAAAUGCAUUAAAUUUCAUGUCAAUGCUCUUUCAGAGGAAUGUUUGACUGAAUCAGUUUGUCUCUGACUGAAAUUUGGAGUGAGUAACAUGUACAUAUUCCCACAAAUAAUUUAGUUUUAAGCAAGUAAUUUAUAUUAAUUACAAAGUAUUUUAGAUAUAAAAAUAUAUUUUUCAUGUUGAACUUAUUUAAAAUAGUAUGGAAGACAAUUUAUGAAGGAAAAAGUGAAUUGAGUGUUCCAUUUCUCUGUGAGCGAUAAUUUUCACUGCCAGAAUCAUUCCCCAUAUUGAAAAGACUAUUUAUUAGUAAUCUCAUGACACUGAAGUAUCCUAUUGGGGUACUGUACGAUGUAUGAGCUAGGCAAUAAAGAUCACAAAUACUGCUACCAGCUACUGUUUUAAUUUAUUUUACUCAGUAAUUUUCAGGAAGUAUGCUUUUGUUUUAGGUAUGGUCACACUUUAAGUUUAUAAUGUAUUUUGGACUGUACAGCUCCCAUCCUAGUAUUCACCUUUCAAAAGCUGGAAAAACUUUAAUGAAUGCACAACUUUGUGUAAAGUUGUGUUGUUUCAGGAAAUGUAGUGGAGUGAUAAUAAGCUUGUCUAGAAUGAAACAAGAUAUAUCUGGGAACAAACUUGGAGAGAUCGUGUGGUUAGACAAAUUAACACAUGACUAAAUUUCACUGUAUAGCUUGCACUAGCAACCAUUGAAUGACAGUACCAUAACCUUUGUGUCCAUCACCUAAUUUCUAGAAUACAAGUGACAUAUUUCUGAACUCCAGCUGUUGUCUUAAACUGCUGCAGGUCAAUGACAGAAUAGCUUCAUAUAUAAGACGAAAUUGAGUUUUAUUAUUUAUUCUUCACUGAAAUAAGCCCAUCGUUCAGUUACUCAGUACAAGUUAAGUAUCAAAUCCCCAAAAAUCCGUGGUUAAAAUAAGAUUUCCUGUGAUCUGAAUAAAGCUUCAGAACUUCCUGACUGUAAAGGGUGCAGCAUGAACAAGGGAGGGAGGAAGAAGAAUGUGACACUUGGAAUGAAUUCAAUUUUUGAAAAUAUAUUUUAAGUUGAAUGGAAAUUUUACUGGUGGCAGCAUUUGAGAAAUUUAUUGCAUGAUAUUUGUGAUUAGGAAUGGAGAGAGGCAUGUUGAAGAUCUUUCAUGAUUCAUUGUAGACAACUUUCAAUUAGAAUAUUAAUUUUUAUUUUUGGGACGGUACGUAUUAAUCUUCAGUGAAUAGCAAAUACCCCACAGAACAAAAAAUUGCCAUAUGUUGCUCUCUUUUAUAGUCUCAAAUUCAUUAAUGUUCGUAAGAUUAAUCUUGUUUGCGUAAUUUUCCUAUAUAGUCAACCAAAAGUGGAUAUAGAUAUUGUGAUGUGUCUGUCAUACAUAAUUUUACCAGACCUUUUUUUAAAAUGUGCCUAGUGUUUUUAUCCCAUUAAUGACUAGAAAUGUAUUGGUAUGACUACCUAUUGUAAGUCAACAUUUUUGCACUCGAGCAUCUUGAAAUUUAUUUUGCAUUAUUUUGAGUGUAUAUAACAAAAAUAUGAUAAGUUGUUGUGCUCAGAUCAUGUUCUGAUAGUUUCUUGGUGUAAUAUAAAUGUCUUGCUAUGGCAUCAGUGUUUUGGCAACAAGGGAGUGGAAGCCAACGAUAUGAUGUACUUAGCAGUGGAGAUCACGUGGUAAAUAAAUGUUAUUGCAGUCGGUCGACUACUGCAUGGUCUUCAGAGCCUGAUGGCAGGGUUCCCUUUUUUUGUCUAGAGAGGGAACAGCUUCCUACAAUUGUUUCAGAAAGGAAAGUGUUCAGUAUAUGGCUGUGUAACAUAAAAAAUUGCAAUUGAAUUUCUGCUUACUGAAUGCUAUUUGACUGAUUUACAAGCAUUGAAGGCUGCAGCGCUACCUUCCAGUGGGAACAGUUCUUCAAAAAUAAUGAAAUUAUUUUUUUUCAUGUAGUCAGAAUUUUAUGCAGUAUUUGUGCCAGUAUUUUAUCUGUCCUUGGUAGUUAUUUGAAACUUUUCUUAUCGGAAAUUCAGUGUUCAUCUCAAUAUUUUAGUAUUCAUUUUGGCUCUUAACAAGUGCCAAACUAGACCAUUUUUGUGAAGUGGAAUCAUAUUUCAUCAUAACAAUUACAUUUUCAUUGUAUAUGUACACUGAACAUUAUCAUAAUACAAGAAAUAGUAAUGUGCAUAUUUCUGAUAAGCAGUCCAUUACAAAAUAACUAGAUGGUUUGUAGUAGAAUUGAGUAGUUCUGCUUGCUUAAGAACUUUACGGAGACCUAAUGUCGAUUUGAUGUGGAUCCACUGACAGGGAGGAUGCAUCAUUGAACAAGAUGUGUGUUUCAUACUACAACUGAAUGCGUGUUGUCUUGAUUCAGGACAGAGCAAAUGAGAAAUCAGUGGACCUUCAAAGGAAAACAUUUUUUUAGGGGAGACCACAGUGAUAAAAGGUAGGGAGAAUGAAAAGAAAAGUAAAAAUAAGAACCAAGUAAAAUUGUUUAUCUAAAGCUCUGAUUUUUAAGUUCUGCUCAUCAAAGACUGAAUAAGUACUGCAAGGAUUUGCAAGGCAAUGUUAAGACGAUUGUAAUUUGUGUGGUAGUGCACUGUUGACAGGCCUUUCAGACAUAGUCACCAUAGUUUGAUGGUUAAUUAUAGGCCACAUCUGGUGCUUACAACAAAUUACUUCCAGCCAAGAGAGAGUGACUUGUUAACAGUUUGUUGUCAUUACCUGCUUUAUUUGUGGUAGUGCCAUGUUGCAGUAUUGUCCACUAUCUUUUGUAUUGUGAAGCUUGUAUGUUCUUUAAAGUUCACCUGUUUAAUAUAUCCAUGAGAGAUUAAAAAGUGGAACAGAUGUUACAGUAACAUUAUUGUCCAUUACAUUAAUCAUAUGAAUAAAUGAUAGCACAGAUCUAGCAGAAUAAUA